AUGGAGAAUCCCGCCUCUUUCUCUGGAACUGACAAAUUGGGGAAAAACAGCCCAGCUGAGAGACUGGAUGAUCCUCGCGACAGCCAGAAGUUACUAGGUGGACAGAUGCUCGACGCGAAGAUUCCGCUGGGGAAGGUUCUAACAUCCUUCACAUACAGAGACGAUCCUGAGGGAGUAGGAAAAUGGAGGAACGUUUGUGAGGUGCGGGCCCCCAUGAAUGGCACAAUCCUUAAAAUUGGAGUCAAAGAAGGAGAGCAUGUUACAAAGAACGCCCCGUUAGCAGUUAUUGAAGCGAUGAAAAUGGAAACAAUAAUCAAAAGCCCCUGCGACGGCGUUGUGGCCUCGGUACGAUCGCGUGAGGGAGUCUCAACAAAACAGGGUCAGAGUCUGUUAGAAAUCCUUGAGAACCAAACAGGACAAGGAUAG